AUGCGUUUGCCCGCACCCGUCAAUAGUCAAAACGCAGCGUAUCUAUACCGAAGCCAAAGCCCUACCAAAAAACCAUUCUGCAAAACCAUACUUUUUCUAAAUUUAAUUGAAGUAGACGCAAAUAAUGCUAAGCUCAUCUCCGCUCAACGAUUCAAAAAUGGUUGAUUUAUCCGCGCAAUCAUCAAAGAAAAAGAAGAGGAAGCUAAAAGCUUCCGAAGAGGAACCGAAUCUUAGAAAACGUCACCAUUCAGAUUCCUCGAAGAAGGGACCAAAAGAAGUUGAAGAAGGUGAAAGCUCCGCACAGAGAGAAGAACCGGAGCUGAAUACCACCGAAGAACGCCCAUGGAGAAAUUUACAGUUAAUUCUUUCCUUGCAAAACAAACGAAUCGACCUUCAAAAAAAGGUGGAGAUGGCUUUUGAUUUUGUUGAUUCAAGAGAGAAAGAAGGAAGGAACGAUGUGGAUGAAGAUAAUGAGACGGUGAAUUUAUCGCGAUUAAUUGUUUUUCUCAAUGAUUGGGUCCAGUCAUUAUUGGUUUCUCCUGAAAAGAAAGUUAAAGUCGAUGGAAUUGUUGAGACUUGUUUGGAUUUUCGAUGUUGGCGGGUUUUUGAAUUCUGUAUGAAGGAGUCUUUGAAAUUGCAUGUUUCUUUGAGUUUCUCGCGGAAUUUGUUAAGAGCAAUCGGUUAUAUUGCAAGAAAUGUUUUGUCUUUAGUUAGUGACUCAUCUUUGUCUUUGAAUGAAUCAGUUUUUGUAGGGGAAGGGUUUGAAUUGUAUGGUGUAGUACUUGAUUCUGUUUCCUUGUUGUUCUCAUUCCAAAGUGGCUUGUCAAAUGAAAAUAUAGAGUUAUGGGUUUCCAUUAUUGAUGUGGUGCUCCAACUUGUUCACAAAAUUUAUGCUGAGAACCUUGAUGGUGGCAAUAUAGGUGCAUUUGCGCUGCAAUUUUCAUGUGUGGUUCUUGAACCAUUUGCUAAGUUUUUAAAGAUCCACCCAACUCGGAAGAAUGGGUUUCGUGAUUUUGUGGAUAAACUUCUUGAGCCCCUGUUGCUUCUGCUAGAUGUCUUGUAUUUUCGGGUUAAUGAGAAUGAUUCUGGCUGGACAAAGAACGUGUUGAAGUUGGUUGAAGAAGUUUUAUCUCACGGGUUGUUUCAUCCAGCCCACAUCGAUGGAUUUUUGGGCUUGCACAGGGUGGAAAAGUAUGCUGGGUCACUUGAUGGCAAAGCAAAAGACUCAAAAGUGGUCAUUAAAAGUUAUCAUAGACAUUUAUUUGACAAACUGGAAAGCAUCAUAAAGGGGAAGGACAUAGUAUUGAGUGGCAUGGGGCAGUUAUUUCACUUGUUUGUUGAUCGAGUUAAAAAGCAAAAAGGAGCUUCAGGUACUGGGACUAUCGGAAAAAAUGGAGGUUCAAGGCACUUGGAAGAUGGCUCAUCAGGUCAUUUGUCCAUGGAUCCAUCUCGGAGUAGUAGUGCAUUUCCACAUAAUAAUUAUAGCUCUAGUAAUUUUAGUGCAGAAGCACGGAAGUCAUUAUUUGGUCUUUUUAUACAGCUUUUGGAGCCUCUCCUGCUCGAGAUGGAUGACUAUAUUCAAUCUAACCCGGCAGCAAGGUCCUCAUUGUGGGAUGUUCAUUGCACACUCAAAUCCAUUAAUAGUUUACUUGCCAGUUUUUUACAUGAAAAGGUAUAUGUAAGAACAGAAGAUAUCUCAGAAGGAGCUUGCCUUAAUUUCUUGAAGAAAGUUUAUGAUACAGUAGUUUCAUUUGCCGCCAAAUUAGUUGGCCCAUCAGAAUUAGAUACAGAUAGCAAGAAAUGGAGGGAGAUGUUUCCUGUAUUAGCCAAGGAGUUAUUUCUUGCUGUAGGAUACUUCUUGGAUAUUGAAUAUGAUGUUAUUGCGAAUGACUUAAUUAGCUUAUGGCUUAUGAUGCUUUCUUAUUUGACCAUUGGUCUCUCUUUUUUGGAUUCACAAGAUCAAGGCUUAUUGACUUGCCAGAUACUAGAUCUUGGGUGCCAGCUGGUUAAUCUUUAUAGUGCGCUUCGCCAGGUGAAUAAUUCUAUUUUUACACUGUGCAAAGCAGUGAGGCUUUUAAUGUCACACCACCAUGAAGGUGAAAUGAGCUGCACCAGAUAUUUUUCCUACACAACAUCCUUACCUGACCGAGCAACUGCAGCAUCAUUGGGAAUUCUUUUAUGCUCUCAAGAAUUUAAACUUGCUAUCCAUCAUGCUAUCAAAUCCAUACCGGAAGGGCAAGCAAUUGAACUUAUUCAGCAGUUAACAGCAGAUGUAUUAGAAUCAAUGGAAUGGAUGAAAAUCGGUUGCUCAAUAACCGAUGGAAAAGAUAUUGGAAGAUUGGAUGUAAGAGAUCAUGACAUGCUAAGUUUUCACAUCAAAGCUGAACUCUUGGGAAGAGUGUUAUCUGAAAUUUAUGUGAUAUUGCUAGAUGCUUUGACUGUCACAACCGGAAACUGUAGGCUACUUGGACCUUCUAUGAAGGAGCUAGUAAGUAUGAUUUCUCCGUGCAUUAGUAGUCUGGCUGGACAACACCCUGACGGUGUCAACAAGUUUCUAAUUUCUGUCAUGGGAAGGACUUCUGAGAAUAUGGUGGCUGAAAAUGAAAAAGAGAAGCAUGGGAUAUCCACACAAUGGAUCUUUGUUUUCCUCUUUAGACUGUACAUGUCUGGCCGAAGCUUGUACAGGCAAAUCAUUAGCCUUACACCUCCCAGCGCAUCACAGAAAUUGUCAUCAGAAAUGCGGGAUGCAUUCACAGCAUAUACUGGUAGGGAUUGGAUGGAGAAGUCAGAUUGGACUGAUGAGGGCUACUUUUCUUGGAUUACAAAUCCUUCACCAUCUCUUGUUGAUCUUAUACACCACAUUUCAAACGCUUACCUUGAAGACAAGAUUGAAGAUUGUUGUCCACUGAUUUAUGUACUGCAUAUUAUGGCUCUCCAAAGGCUAGUUGAUUUGAACAGGCAUAGAAGCUCUCUUGAGUAUUUAUUGCAGCAGAAUGAGAAGGUGAUGGAGGUUAAAAAGCUUGAUAAUGCUGACUUGUCACCAUAUAGUAAAAAAGACAGAAAGUUGAAAAGAUGUGUCAUAGUUUUGGAGCAAGAGGCAGUGGAACUUACUGAUUUCAUGCUGGGAUACCUUUCAUUAGUGGCUAAUAAUCACUCAUCAGUCUUCUUUUCUGAUGACACAUCUUGUGAAAAAAUGGCACCUUUCGAAGUGCAUGAAAGCUAUGAAUGGGAUUUUGGCAUUUGUUCUCUGAACAUGAAGUCAUUGUCCAUUGCAAUUUGGUGGAUUAUUUGCCAAAAUAUUGAUAUUUGGUGCAUUUACGCUGCUGCUAAGAAGUUAAAAAAGAAGUGUAAAAUGUUCCUCACUCUUUUAAUCCAGACUUCCCCUCCCUGUUUAUCAAACGGCUUUUUGCAGGUUGAAAAGCAUAAAAACGACAAUUGUCAGCUGAAGAAAAUUACUCUUUGUCAGAUUUCACAAGGGCUUCUAAAAGAUUCAACUCUCUAUGAACAUAAAUUUGUUCGCAGGAAUUUGGCAUCGAGGUUUUGUCAUGCAUUGGAGAAUUUGGUCCUAUUGUUGUUUAGUGAUUCAUUAGUUAGUGACAGGAAUUUUAAUUCAUUACCUGUUUGGCCAGAGGUUUUAAGCACCCUUGAUAACUCAUCUGCAGUUGUUUCUGGCAGAAGACGUCUUAAGCAUGAUUCAGCUACAAGAUCAAUUUCAAAUUCAUCCAACAGGCUAUCUUCAAAUUUUUCCAUGAAACAGAAAGCAUUUACUUUCACUAAUGUGAAAUUUAAAGAUUGUAAGAGUUUACUUAAUCGUCUGUGUUGGAUGCCAAAAGAAUAUUUGAGUUCGAAAUCACUCUCCAAGCUAGCAACUUGUGUCCUCAACCUUGAAUGCAUUGUAGUUGCAGAGCUUUUAGACUUUCAAGGUGCACUGUCCUCAUAUUGUUUCUAUGAGCUUUUCCAAUUGUUUGUUGCUUGUCGGAGGACAUUGAAACAUAUAAUUAUGACAUCUUGUGAGGAUAAGAUUGAAGCUAGUCUGUCUUCACUACUUUCAGUUGCUGAGGAUACAUAUUUUGUCGCAUGGCUUUUGAAGUCAGUAUCUGCAGUGAUUGGACUCUUAGACACAAUGUCGGGAGAUUGUAUGCCUGAAUCAAAACUUAAGAAAUCCUCCUUGAUGGAUCACACAUCCUAUGUUUUCUUUGCAAUAAGCAAAUAUCAAUUUGGUCAGGCUGUUCAUUUCAUUGGAAAUUCUGAGCAACCUUAUUCUGGUGUUGGUAGCAAACAAAGUAUUUUAAAUGAACCUGGUUUGCACUUUGAUUACUUGAAAGAUAGCGAAGCCUUGAGAAGUUUGUCUAUUAUUGCUGAGAGUUUGAAGGAACAGGCGGAAAGCUUACUCGUUCCUCUGAAGGGAGCCCUUGAUGACAGAAAAGUAGGAAUUGAGAAUAAAGUUGUAAACAUUAGUAAAAUGUCUUUCACAGUUUCUUGCUUUGGUGGGUUUUUAUGGGGCCUAGCAUCUGCUUUAAAUCAGAAAGGUGAAAAGAGUGGUAAGCUGAAGGCAAAAUUGUUACGGUGGAAAUGUGAGCCUCUCUCCAAACUAAAUCUCUGCAUAAACGUCUUUGUAGAUUUUAUUAAUGAUCUCUUACGCACGUUUCUUGAGAAUGAUCAGCAACCCAAAAACGAUUAUGAUGCUGAAAGUUCUCAAAAGUUGGAUUGCAGCAGGGAUUCACAGGUUGUUGAUUUUGAUUUAGUUGAGCUUCAUUGUCUAAAUAAGCAUUUGUUGCAGGGGUUGCUGAAGGGUGAUCAUCCUGACAGGGCAAUUUUACUUAGGCAGCUAUUAAUUUCUUAUUCUGCUUUUCCGAGGCUAAAUUUGCAUGUUGAUGGUGCUUCCUUGUCCUCAGGCAUGGCACCUCUCAUUAUUGGCAUUUCACAAGUCUUGUUAUUGGAGUUGUCAAACUUGAGUGAAAUCCCACCGCCAUUUACUUUUGUUUGGUUAGACGGUGCUGUUAAGUAUUUGGAAGAGCUAGGGAGUCGCUUUCCAUUGACUGAUUCUACCUUGAAUCGAAAUGCAUAUGCCAAGCUAAUGGAGUUGCAUUUAAGGGCCAUAGGAAAAUGCAUAUCUUUACAAGGAAAAAGAGCAACUUUGGAAUCUCAUGAAAGAGAAUCAAGCACUAAGAUACUCCAUGGUGAUACAGGUUUGCCUGAGUCAUUUCUUUCUCAUGGCUCACAUUGCUUAGAUGAAUUCAAAGCUAGGUUGAGGAUGUCAUUCAAAGUGUUUAUUCGGAAUCCAUCAGAGUUGCAACUGUUGUCAGCAAUACAGGCUAUAGAGAGAGCAUUAGUAGGAGUACAAGGUCACCCAAUGAUCUAUGAAAUAAACACUGGGAGCGCUGAUGGUGGCAUGGUUUCCUCAACUGUUGCAGCGGGCAUUGACUGUUUGGAUUUAAUUCUGGAGUAUGGUUCAGGUCGCAAAUGUUUGAGUGUGGUUAAAAGACAUAUUCAAAGCUUAGUUGCAGCUCUAUUCAAUAUAAUCCUUCACUUGCAGAGUCCAUUAAUAUUCUAUGGAAAAUUUGUGAGUAGUGAAGGUGACAGAAAUCCAGAUCCGGGAUCGGUUGUUCUUAUGUGUGUUGAGGAAUUGACCAGAGUUUUAGGAAAACAUGCUCUGUUUCGAAUGGAUCCCUGGCACAUAGGGCAGUCUUUACGUAUCCCUGGAUCACUUUUUCAAGAUUUCCGUCAACUAAGGCUUUCUGAAGCACCAGUAUUGAGUAACUCCUUGUUUUUGGAUAAAGAAAACCACGAUUCCAUUGCAAGCAUGAAAGAUUGUGCCGUGGACCGACAGUUUUCUGUAAACCUCUUUGCUGCUUGCUGCAGGUUGUUGUGUACUGUUCUGAAACAUCACAAGAGUGAAUGUGAACGGUGCAUUGCGGUGCUUGAAGAAUCUGUUUCCCUUCUUCUUCAUUGUUUGGAGUCGGUGGAUGCUGAUCUAAUGGUCCGAAAAGGUUAUUUUUCAUGGGAAAUACAAGAGGGAGUAACAUGUGCUUGCUUUCUUCGAAGAAUCUACGAAGAGAUAAGGCAGCAGAAAGAUGUAUUUGGAGGGCACUGUUAUAAGUUCUUAUCAACCUACAUAUGGGUUUAUUCUGGAUUUGGUCCCCUUAAAACUGGCAUCAGAAGGGAGAUAGAUGAAGCUCUAAAACCAGGUGUAUAUGCUUUAAUAGAUGCUUGCUCAGCUAAUGAUCUUCAAUAUCUUCAUACUGUAUUUGGAGAGGGUCCUUGCAGGAAUACUUUGGCCAGUUUGCAAAGUGAUUACAAACUGAAUUUCCAGUUUGAGGGGAAAGUCUGAUCUCAGCCAUUUCCUCUGUCAGGAUAUAUUGGCAAGUCAAUCAAAAUUGUUCUCCAACUCUUCCUAACAAACUAAGAAAUAAACUUAAGAGAGGUUCAUGUUAUUGUACAGUUUUUGCGAUACCUGGCAAGCUUGGUGAUGGCAUUUGGUCCAAAUAUAUUAUUGCCAGCUGCAACAAGUUUCCCUUCAGCCCCUGGCACCAGAUUUGGAUGAUGAUCACCCAAAUUAUAACUUGUACUAAUUAUUUUCUUAAGAGCUUUCUAGUGUAUAGUUUCUGGAAUGUUGUUAAAUGCCACAAUAUAUUUUUUGUAAAUUAUUUCUUAUAAUUAUGAGGUUAAUAUUUUUAUUUUUUUUGUGGUGAAUUUAAAGGGGCUGGUUGAACCGAUUGUCAAGUGUCACCCUAACUCAUCGAGGUUUGGAUUUUAUCGCAUUUUCAAUGUAGUGUA